CAGCGCCUUGCGCCGCCAUUGCGGGGAGACUGUCCUCAGAGCAGGCCUGGCGCGUCGGUGGCUGGACCGGCCCCAGGAGCCCAGUCACCGGGCGUCAUUGGCUCAGGCGUCGGGGCCCUCGGCACCUUCUCCCGCCCAGGCCCACCCUGGCGGCGGCGGCGCCGGCGGCGUCAGGGGGCGGAGCCUUUCGGAGCGCCCUUUGUCUGCGGAGGUCAACAUACCUGGUGUAAGGAGGCAAGAUUAAGAGUGACUCUCACUUACCACUGGUGUUUCUCUUUGAAAGUGGUGCUUGGCACCAGCAUGAACUCCCCGUCCUCAGCAAUCCCACCAGGUGUUUUGGGUCUUCAACCUAAAAUUCUAUCUUACAAGAUCCCUGCCAGGAUGCAGAUUUGAAUACCAUAGUGAAGUCUGUACUUGAAGAAGUGAUGCUUUCAGGGAGGAAAUAAAAAGUUAUGCCUUCUCAGAAUGCUGCUUUUUCUCAGGAGGGGAACAUGGAGGAGAAAGAAAUGAAUGAUGGCUCACAGAUAGUGAGAUCUCAGGAAUCACUGACAUUUCAGGAUGUGGCCGUGGACUUCACCAGGGAGGAGUGGGACCAGCUGUACCCUGCCCAAAAGAACCUCUAUCGAGACGUGAUGCUGGAGAACUACAGGAAUCUAGUUGCACUGGGGUAUCAGCUUUAUAAGCCAGAGGUAAUCGCGCAGUUGGAGCUAGAGGAAGAAUGGGUGAUAGAAAGAGACAGCCUGCUGGACACUCAUCCAGAUGGAGAAAACAGACCCGAAAUAAAAAAGUCAACCACAAGCCAGAAUAUUUCUGAUGAAAAUCAAACCCAUGAGAUGAUAAUGGAGAGACUCGCAGGAGACAGCUUCUGGUACUCCAUCUUAGGAGGACUCUGGGAUUUUGAUUACCAUCCAGAGUUUAACCAAGAAAACCACAAGAGAUAUUUAGGACAAAUAACUUUGACCCACAAAAAGAUCACACAAGAGAGAAGCCUUGAGUGUAAUAAAUUUGCAGAAAACUGUAAUCUGAACUCAAACCUUAUGCAGCAGAGAAUUCCUUCCAUUAAAAUACCCCUGAAUUCUGACACACAGGGAAACAGCAUCAAACAUAAUUCAGACUUGAUUUACUAUCAGGGAAAUUAUGUAAGAGAGACUCCCUAUGAAUACAGUGAGUGUGGAAAAAUCUUCAAUCAACAUAUUCUUCUUACUGAUCAUAUUCAUAAUGCAGAGAAACCCAGUGAGUGUGGGAAGGCCUUCAGCCACACCUCAUCUCUUACCCAGCCUCAGAUGGUGCUUACAGGAGAGAAGCCCUAUAAGUGUGAUGAAUGUGGAAAAAGAUUCAGCCAGAGGAUACAUCUCAUUCAACAUCAGAGAAUUCACACAGGAGAAAAGCCAUUUAUAUGCAAUGGAUGUGGGAAAGCCUUCCGUCAGCAUUCAUCCUUUAGUCAGCAUCUGAGGAUUCAUACUGGAGAAAAGCCCUAUAAAUGUAAUCAAUGUGGUAAAGCUUUUAGCCGCAUCACAUCCCUUACUGAACAUCAUAGACUUCAUACCGGAGAGAAACCUUAUGAAUGUGGUUUCUGUGGCAAAGCCUUCAGUCAGAGGACGCAUCUGAAUCAACAUGAAAGAACUCAUACAGGAGAGAAACCCUAUAAAUGUGACGAAUGCGGGAAAGCCUUUAGCCAGAGCGCACACCUUAAUCAACAUAGGAAAAUCCAUACUCGGGAGAAAUUACGUGAAUAUAAAUGUGAGCAAACCGUUCACCACAGUCCUUCACUUAGCAGCACAUAAGUCAUAGUGGGGGAAAUCAGAUAAAUAUAUAAAUGUAGGAUAUUUUUUGGUCAGACCUUUUUAUCCCAUUCAAUAUCAAAUUAUUCAUAGUGGAGAGAAAGCUUAUACAUAAACCUUUUUGAGACUGAGUCUCACUCUGUCACCCAGGCUGAAGUGCAGUGGUGCCAUCUCGGCUCACUGCAACCUCCGCCUCCUGGGUUCAAGCGAUUCUUCUGCCUCAGCCUCCUGAGUAGCUGGGACCACAGGUACGCACCACCAUGCCCAGCUAAUUUUUUGUAUUUUUAGUAGAGACGGGUUUUCACCAUGUUGGCCAGGCUGGUCUUGAACUCCUAACCUCAGGUGAUCUGCCCACCUCAGCCUCCGAAAGUGCUGGGAUUACAGGCUUGAGCCCCUGUGCCUGGCCAUAAACUUUCAAUACAUAGAAACCAAGUUAAUUUAGACCUUAAACUAGCAGCAUAUUACAUUCCCAGGAGGGGUUAUAAAAAGGAAAAAUAAUUUAUUUUACAAAUGAGAUUAUAUUUAGAGUCAUGUUCCAAAUCUGAUAUAAAACUUUUUAAAAAAUCAGAAAUCCUUAUCCAGGCAUGGUGGUGCACACCUACAAUCCCAGCUACUCUGGAGACGGAGGCAUGAGAAUGACUUGAACAUGGGAGGUGGAGGUUGCAGUGAGCUGAGAUCAUGCCACUGCACUCCAGCCUGGGCGACAGAGCAAGACUCUGUCUC